AGACAUUUCAAAUGAUUUUUCGUUUUCCAUUACAACUUUAUUAAAGUUAAAAAAGAAAUCAAAUUUGCUGUUCUAAUUAUAUUAAAAUAUUAGUAAAAGUCUAUAUGGUUAGAAUCUCGAAAAUGAAAUUAUGACAAACUAUUUUAUAUGUGCCAUAAAUAAAGUUUAUUCGUCUUACCCAACUGGUUUUAAUGUGAUGGAACCCACACUCAACCUAACCAUUUCUUAUGACAAUCCAGAGAUUUCUUAAAUCAAGCAUAAUUUCUCACUUUUUGGCUAUUACAUUUCAUCUCAAAAAUAUUGUUAAAGCAAGAAAUUAAUUAACCAAAAAUGGAAGAAUCAAAAGUUUGCAUGAAUGUUUAUGGAAACAAUGGAGGAAUUAAAUGGAGUCUUCAAGGCACCACAGCUCUUGUUACUGGUGGUUCUAAAGGCAUUGGGUAUGCAAUAGUGGAAGAAUUGGCAGGUCAUGGAGCAACUGUAUAUACAUGUUCACGUAAUGAAAAGGAGCUACAAGAAUGUCUUGAAAUUUGGAGAAAAAAUGGACUUAAAGUCGAAGGUUCUGUUUGUGAUUUAUUAUCUCGUACAGAACGUGAGAAACUUAUGCAGACUGUUGCAGAUGUGUUUAAUGGAAAACUCAAUAUUCUGGUAAAUAAUGCAGGUGUGGUGAUACACAAGGAAGCUAAAGAUUUCACAGAAGAAGAUUACAAUAUAAUUAUGGGAACAAAUUUUGAAGCUGCUUAUCAUUUAUCUCAAAUUGCUUAUCCAUUAUUGAAGGCUUCUCAAAAUGGAAAUGUUAUUUUUAUCUCUUCUAUUGCUGGAUUUUCAGCUUUGCCCUCUGUUUCUCUUUAUUCUGCUUCCAAAGGUGCAAUAAAUCAAAUGACGAAGAACUUGGCAUGUGAAUGGGCGAAGGAAAAUAUCCGUGUCAAUUCAGUUGCUCCAGGAGUUAUUUUAACUCCACUCGUUGAAACAGCAAUCAAGAAAAAUCCUCAACAAAAAGAGGAAAUAGAUAAUUUUGUGGUGAAGACUCCAAUGGGCCGGGCCGGAAAGCCCGAAGAAGUGGCUGCGUUGAUAGCUUUUCUUUGUUUCCCUGCUGCUUCUUACAUUACGGGCCAAAUUAUAUGGGCCGAUGGUGGAUUUACUGCUAAUGGUGGAUUUUAGAUAUUAACAAAUUCAAUAAUUCAAUAAUUUAGAUUGAAUGACUAUAAUUGAAUUGCAAUUUGUAAUGGGAUCCAAAACAUUAUAUUAAAUGUUGUAGGUUUUCAAAGGAUUUGAGAAGCUAUAUUAUAUGUACUAAAAAGGGCAGAGGCAGUCCGAUGUAUUAAAACUUUCGUUAUGUGUAGAAUUCAGGAAAGAAUCCGCCACAAGAGUGUAUUGUGUGCGGCUUUACCAUACAUUAAUAUCGGAGGCUGUUUCAAAGACUUGAAUUCACGAUAAAAAGAAUUUAUAAUAUCAGUUUACUUUAGUUAGA